AUGUCACGAGUACCUGUUCUCACCAUACCAGAGUCAGCUUACGACCCCAGCACGUAUACUUUAUCGCCUCAUCAAUAUAGUGGUCGUAAAUCCAAAUUAUUAGCAUUCUUGAUUAAAUUGACGCAUGGUUCAGCCAUUACAUUGACAUUGGCGUAUAUAAUAGGGUUAUUUGUCCUUAAGCCGUUGAUGGAGACCACAGCCAGUCGUCGUUAUGAAUUACUUGAACAAUUUCGUGGUAAGCUUCGUGAUUGCUAUUUAAAUCUUAUCGGAAGGGUUAGUUACAUACCUAUUGUGGCCAUAAACAAGAAUGAUGGAAGUGGAAAGUUAUAUGCCGACGCUAUUUGCCAAACAAAUGACUCGUACUUGGAGUCCACCAGUUACAAGACUAUAAGUGAAGAAGAGGAAGAAUUGAACAAAAGCGAUAAAUUAUUCCAAGGCAGAUUAACCACCAGAUUAGCCAGAUUAGCCACAGUGUUGAAAAAUUGUGAAGCAUAUCGUUCCGAGGAGAUACCAAGCUACAAAACAGUCAAUUUUGCCUUGAAGGACUUUCAGAAUAAGGCAGACUUGACGUAUUUCAACUCCAACGAGUUAUUCACCGCAACGGCCGACAAUACCGAUUCACCAAGUGGAUCUGCACCUAGAAAGAGAAAUUUAGCAGUGGAUACGAAGAACGAAAUAAGAAGCAUUAAGGGUUUAUUUAUGAGUGGCCAGAUAUAA